UUCCUUCCUCUCGUUCAAGGAAGUCAAAACAAACACAGUACAGACCGACAAGCACGUGUAGGCCUACUAUCACCGUUGUUUGUGUUACAGAAAGCGUAUUCGAAGGAACAUCCUUUUUCUUUUACACCCAUAUUUGUUCGACUGCUUUGGAGACACCGAAAAGGUGCAGUUUCAAGGUGUGUAGAACACAACUAAGAUGCCCUCUGCAGAAGUCAACUCUCCACUCCAGCUGAUGAGGAGCGUCAAAGAAGAGACAGAGGAGUUCAGCUUAGCUGACUCUCCAUCCCAGCUGAACAUAAAAGAAGAGAGAGGAGAGUUCCCUGGGUCUCCAGAACAGCUGGAGAUAAAAGAAGAGAGAGAAGAGUUCCCUGGUUCUCAAGAACAGCUGGAGAUAAAAGAAGAGAGAGGAGAGUUCCCUGGUUCUCCAUCCCAGCUGAACAUAAAAGAAGAGACAGAGCAUUUCCCCGGUUCUCCACCUCAGCUGAGGAGCGUAAAAGAGGACAGCGAGGAGACCCUGCGUUCUCUGUACAGUCUGAGGAGCGUAUCUGUAGUGCUGGUGGACUGCUGUAGACCACAAGGACGGCAGGAGAACAAUGAAGAGAACCACAGAGAUGCCGAGGCAAGGAAGAGAUCUGGGCAUCAGCUACACUGCAGUUCCAGUGGAGAGGAGUUUCGUGGAAAAACACAUUCUGCUGCCCUGACUACAGAGAGGCCGUACGUCUGCAGUCAGUGUAACAAGAGCUUUAAGAGAAAAGAUGAGCUCCAAAUCCACCAGCGUGUUCACACAGGGGAGAAACCAUUUUCAUGCACUGACUGUGGAAAGAGUUUCUCACAGUCUUCUAGUCUCCACACACAUCGCCGUAUUCACACUGGACAUAGGCCGUACGCUUGCAGUCAGUGUGGCAAGAGCUUUAAGAGAAAAGAUGAGCUCCAAAGGCACCAGAUUGUUCACACAGGGGAGAAACCAUUUUCAUGCACAGACUGUGGAAAGAGUUUCUCACAGUCUUCUCACCUCUACAGACAUCGUCGCUUUCACACUGGAGAGAGGCCGUUCCCUUGCAGUCAGUGUAGCAAGAGCUUUAAGACAAAGCAGGAGCUCCACAGCCACCCGCGUGUUCACACAGGGGAGAAACCAUUUCCAUGCAAAGAUGGUGGAAAGAGUUUCUCACUCUCUUCUGGCUUUCACAAAUAUCGCUGCAUUCACACUGGACAGAUUUCGUACGCUUGCAGUCAGUGUAACAAGAGCUUUAAGACAAAAUCAGAGCUCCAAAGGCACCAGAUUGUUCACACAGGGGAGAAACCAUUUUCAUGCACAGACUGUGGAAAGAGUUUCUCACAGUCUUCUAACCUAUACAGACAUCGUCGCUUUCACACUGGAGAGAGGCCUUUCCCUUGCAGUCAGUGUGACAAGAGCUUUAAGACAAAACAAAACCUCCAAAUCCACCUGCACAUUCACACAGGGGAGAAACCAUCGUCAUGCACCGACUCUGAAAAGAGUUUCUCAAGGUCUUCUGCACUUCACAUACAUUGUCGCAUUCACACUGUAGAGAAGCCGUAUGCUUGCAGUCAGUGUGACAAGAAAUUUAAGACAAAACCAGAGCUCCAAAUCCACCAGUGUGUUCACACAGGGGAGAAACCAUUUUCAUGCACAGACUGUGGAAAGAGUUUCUCACAUUCUUCUACUCUCCACAUACAUCGCCGUAUUCACACUGGACAGAGGCCGUACGCUUGCAGUCAGUGUGGCAAGAGCUUUAAGACAAAAUAUGAGCUCCAAAUCCACCAACGUGUUCAUACAGGGGAGAAACCAUUUUCAUGCACAGACUGUGGAAAGAGUUUCUCGCGGUCUUCUAACCUCCACACACAUCAUCGCAUUCACACUGGAGAGAGGCCGUAUGCUUGCAGUCAGUGUGACAAGAGUUUCAUAUGGUCUUCUCACCUUAAGAAACACUUGUUGUCACACUUGAGAAAGUAAAUCAUUGCACCAAUCAAGACUGCUCGCUGUUAGCCCCAACAUCAAACCCUGGGUAACCAGAGAUGUCAAGCAACUCCUCAAUAAGAAAAAGAAGCUUUUAAGGAGGGCAACUUGACAGAGCUGAGGAGUGGCAUCUAAAUGUAUACGCCAGCAAUGUUGAAGAAUCUUUAAAAAGAUCCUGGUUCUGGUUCGUGAUCCGUAUCACCACCAGAGUUUAAUCACUUGUUCCUUGGGUCAUUAUCAACAACUCCACAGAGUUUCAGCCGAAUCCGUUCAUAACUUUUUGAGUUAUCCUGCUGACAAACAGACAGACAGACAGACAAACCAACCAGCCGGAAACAUUACCUAAAAAACCCAGAUGGGCAAUGCUAAAGAGGCAGGGGAUCAAAACAUCACUGAGUGUGGAAAGAAGAGAAGUCAAUGGCCAAUGACCUAAACCAGUUCUACAACCGGUUUGGCAACUCUGCCACAGGGGGAGGCAUUUCACUUGUCACCUAUUAA